AUGCAAUGGUUCCUAAAUCCAUUGGCAAUCUCUCCUCUUCAAAUGCUUUCGGCAGUAAGUUGUAACCUCAAAGGCAAUGUUCCAAGUGAGAUAGGAAAUUUGAGAAAUUUAUCUUAUUUAGAUCUGGAGCAUAAUGACUUGACUGGCAUUGUCCCAACGACAAUUAGUCCUUUGAAAAACCUUCAAUGGCUUUCACUUGGUGCAAACAGAAUAAGUAGUCGUUUUCCAAUUGUUUUAUGUGAGCUAUCCAACUUGGGAAUGCUAAACCUUUCACAAAAUCAAAUGUGGGGAAGUAUUCCUAGUUGCUUGGGGAAUAAGACUUCUCUAUGGGAGCUUUAUCUUGAUUCCAAUAACUUCACUGCUAGCAUACCUUCAAGUCUAUGGAACCUCAAAGGCAUCUUGAAGUUAAAUUUGUCUUUGAAUUUGUUCAAUGGUUCUCUACCACAGGAAAUUGGAAACCUCAAAGCUGCAAUACUUCUGGAUCUUUCUAGAAACCAUAUCUCAAGCAUCAUUCCUAGUACAACGGGAGGUCUGCAAAAAUUGAUUCAACUAUCUUUGGCUGACAACAGAAUUGAAGGACCCAUUCCUGAGACAUUUGGGGAACUUAUAAAUUUGGAAUCAUUGGAUCUUUCAUAA